UGAUGGUGGUGGUGUGUGUCAGUGUGAGCUUGACACCGCUAGUGUGCACUGUGUCACUCAGAGAUACACCCAACACUACCUUAUUACCCUUAAUAUGUCCGAGGAAACCAACGGUCAGGAGAACGGCUCCGUCCCGGAGGUGGAGCUCAUCAUAAAGGCCUCCACAAUUGAUGGCCGCCGGAAAGGAGCAUGUCUGUUCUGUCAAGAAUACUUCAUGGACCUCUACCUUCUGGCCGAGCUCAAGACAAUCUCUCUCAAAGUUACCACAGUGGAUAUGCUCAAGCCACCACCAGAUUUCAGGUCAAAUUUUGAAGCAACUCCUCCACCCAUCUUGAUCGACAAUGGACUGGCUGUCCUGGAAAAUGACAAGAUUGAGAGACACAUCAUGAAAAACAUACCCGGUGGCCACAACCUUUUCGUACAGGACAAAGAUGUUGCUCAGCGAACAGAGAAUGUUUAUAGUGUAAGUUAAAUAUCUUUUGUGCUG